AUGAGUGAUUUUCAUCCUGAUGAUAAAAGCAUAGUAAGAAGAACAUACCUUGAUAGAAAACCUUGCCAACCUAAAAAUUUUGUGUUUCCUCAAACACUUAUCGGGCCGAAAAAUCGUCGAUUUAAUGUGGAUUGGUUUGACACUUGGCCUUGGCUAGAAUAUAGUGUUGAAAAGGAUGCUGCAUUUUGUUUUGCUUGCUAUUUAUUCAAGGAGGACAAUUCGGUUGGAAGAGAUGCUUUUACUACCAAUGGUUUUAAGUAUUGGAAUAGAUUGGAUGUAAUAAAAAAGCAUGUUGGUAGUCAUAAGAGUGUUCAUAGUAAUGCUAUGAUUGCUAUGGAACUUUUCAAGAACCAAAAGAGUAGCAUUAUUACUGGUUUAUCAAAACAAACAAAAGAAACCAUGAGUGCUUAUCGAACGCGAUUAGAAGCUUCUGUUGAAACUAUCAGGUGGCUUUUACUCCAAGGGUUGCCUUUUCGGGGUCAUGAUGAAAAAGAAAGUUCAUUGAGUAGAGGUAAUUUUGUUUCAUUACUUACUCUUUUUUCACAACAUGAUCCUGAGUAUUCCAAAGUUGUUUUCAAAUUGGCACCUGGCAAUUGUCAACUCACUUCUCCUGUUGUCCAAAAAGAUAUCAUUAAUGCUUGUGCAAAAGAGACAACGAAAGCAAUACUUGAAGAUAUGAAUGUUUCUGAUGCAAUUGAUUCAAAUAAAGCACAAGCUCUUACACACUUGUUAAUGUCAUUUGAUUUUGUGUCUGUGACACACUUGAUGGUUUCUAUAUUUGGCAUCACAAAUGCAUUGAAUGUGGCUUUGCAAAAACGUGAUCAAGACAUUGUAAAUGCUAUGGCCAUGGUUGAUGUAACCAAGAUCAAUCUACAAAAGAUGAGAGAUGAAGGAUGGGAUUCUCAUAUGGAAAAAGUCACUUCUUUUAUGUCUAAAUAUGACAUCGAGAUUCCAAACAUGGAGGAGAAAUAUCAUGUUCCGGGGAGAAGAAUGUUUAGAGGUAAGAGCCCACAAGUUAACAAAUCUUCAUCAUUUCGAGUUGAAGUUUUCUUAAGUGUCAUUGACCUUCAAUUGCAAGAACUUGAGAAUCGGUUUCCGGAGAUAAGUAAGGAACUACUUAUAUGUAUGUCUUGCUUUAAUCCUACUAACCGUUUUUCUUCUUUUGACAAAAGAAAAUUGAUUCAGCUUGCCAAGUUCUAUCCCAAUGAGUUUUCAAGUACUGAUAUGAUAUUUUUUGAUUGGUCACUUGAAAAUUUUAUUGUUGAUGUUAGAGGAGAUGAGAGAUUUUGGAAUUUAAAGAGUCUUCACGAGCUUUCAAUGAAACUUGUUGAGACGGGGAAGUCCGAAACUCAUGAUCGGGUCUACUUGCUUUUGAAAUUGGUGUUGGUUCUUCCCGUUGCAACUGCAAGUGUAGAAAGAUUAUUUUCUAGUAUGACGCAAGUGAAAGAUAAAUUGCGGUAA